ACUAAAUGAACCGUUCACCCUAAAGGUUCGUUUGCUGUGCGCAAUGGCUUCGUUUCCUCCUUCUCGUACUCCACUGGCCUGCACUGAGUGUGGUAGCCGAUUCUUCCUGCAGGAUGAGGACCAGGAUAUGAAGGUUUGCAGCUCGUGCGGAGCUACACAGACUCAGACACUUCUGGAAGUGAGCGAGGAGGUCUUUGAGACACAGCAAGUGAAGGGCGUUCAGUUCUUGCAGCAAGAGGAGGACUACGCGGGUCGCACGAGCCUCAGCGCCUUGGAGCAGAUGAAAAAGCGAUUGGACGAAGAGACAAGUCCAGAUGUCCAUCGACAAGUCCAAGCAGCGGCCAGUCAAUGGUCAGGGGAUCAUCAUCUCACUUCGUGGAUGUUGGCAACAUUUCUUUGGAAAGAGAUCUUGAGAACGGCUGCGGGCGAGGAGAGACUGAACCUGGUGACGUUGAACCGCCACGGUCGCAGCCUUUGGUUGGCCUUCUUCGAGGCUUCAAGGCCACAACCGUACCACACCAGCUAUGAGAUGAGAACAGAAAAGGAGUGGUACCAUUUGGCUUGGUCUCAGCACGAAAGAGACUUGAUCAAAAAGGCUAUGCUGCAGGAUUCUCAGGAGCUUCACGCUGAGGCCCGUGCACAGGCACAGGUGGUGGUGCACGAUGGAGAUGAGGCAGAGGUGGACGGCCAUGUGAAGCUGAAAGAGAGGGUCAAAGAGAUCCGAGAAACGAACAGAUACAGAUUAACCUUAAGCGGUCCGAUGGUCCUGGCUUUAUUGUACUUGGCAGUGAACAACUGUGGUGUCAAGCCCUUUCUACUGGGCGAUUUGCUCCGGGCGGCUGCCGACGGUUGGUUGAGACCUUUGAUCUGUCGGAUUGAGACCUUGCACGCUGAUCAAUAUAUCCUUUAUUCCAACCAGAGCCGUCCGGUUCAGAAACCCAUCGUCUUCCCGGAGGUGGCUGUUUGCCUUGACGAGUUGGAGGCUCGCCAAUUUCCUUGUGUGCGUCUUGCGCCCCAACAGCUGCUCCGUCGAUUUGGAGAGAAUAUCGGCAGAGCAGAGCAGGAUGUCAUGCUUGUGGCCAACUUCGUAUGUCGCAUAGCCAUUGAUCUGGAGAUGUGGCCAAAAUGCUCAUACGAAGACAAGAUGGACCUCAUGAUAGUGCUACUGACGUCACCCUCGUCGGUCCUCUUUGCCGAGCUGGUGGCUUUAGUGUCAGUGCUGGCCGCUGUCUGGAUUCUAGAGCGAAAAGUGCCAAAUGCGAAGAGAAAGAGGAGAAAGUCCCCGAAGGCUCAGAAAGAGGAGAAGGAGGAGGGAAUGGAGAAAGAGACAAACGGAAGGCAAAACGAUGCCAAGAAGGAAAGGAAUGCCCAGAAGGACACGAAGGUUGGAAAGGACGAGGACAAGAAGGACAAGACGAAACAGAAAAUGAAGGAACAGAAGAACGAUGCCGAGAAGGCCAAGGUUGUUAAGAAGGCCAAAGCCAAAGAGGCCAAGGCCAAGGUUGAGAUCAAAGAGGAAGCUCACGAAGCUGAAGAGCACGGCUCGAACACGCACCUCGCUGCUCCGGUCUGCGCCCCCAAAGCGGGUCACGAAGCCCCGCACGAAGCUGUAAGGCCAAGGCCGUGUGCGGGACCCUUUAUGAGAACGGUGCAGGACCUGAUGCACAGAGGCUUCCAGCCAUUGGAAACGAGUGAAGCAACGGGUGAAGCAACGGGUGAAGCAACGGCCGAUUUCGAGGAUCCAGAGGAUUUCGAUCCAGAGAAUCCAUGGAUCCACUGGAGGCGUGAAGGCAUUUGGAGCGCAAGUGAUCUCAGAGCGGUCCAUCAGCACUACUCCGCAUCCCUUCAGUUCCAACCAUGGAACCUGUUGCGCCUUCGUGUCCUCGCCGAGCAGGGCACGUGGUUUUGGUGGGGCCAGGUCGGACGUCCGCUGAUCCGAACCUCGGCGAUCCGAGCUGGUCCGAUCGAGCUGGUUGCCUUUCCAACCACCGAGGGGUCGGCGAUUCUGGAGUCGAAUGGUUGUUUGGGCACCAUGCGGUGUGGGAAAGGCCUUGAACGGGGGGGGCGGAGGGUGAGGACUGAGGACUGAGGACUGAGGACCUGAAUGGAAGCAUCGGCCCACACUCCCAUCUUGAGGUCACAACAUCGGAUCUUCCAACGCAGACGAAGCAUUUCCCUUUUUCAUCUAGAAAACCGGCAUAAACCAGCCAACAGGCUGGAUCUAACGGGCAGAGACUUUGCACAGUUGGGAGUCUGAUCGGAUCAGCUUUUCCCCAAACAGUUUACUGUUGGGGUUCGUAAUGCUUUUAAGUGUGUCCGCCUCAGUCUGGGCUGGUGUACCCGCCUUCUGGCAACUCUUUAGUAACUUUAGUUAGAAAUUCAGCUGGUGGGUCCGCCUUGUGUGUCUCCUCUUUGGCAACUCCUUAGUAGCAAUUCUUUGCAACUCCUGGGCAGCAACCUAGUGGCAUGUGUUUGACACUCUUCGCUAGUGUGUCCGCCUUAUGGCAAGUCCUCCAUAGUCGUUCUUUACAUUCUUGCCUCUCAGUUGGCAAAUUGAUAGCAGCAAAUCUUUGCAUUUGUCCGCCUUCCUUCUGACAACUGCGUAUAGUGGCAAUCUUUUUGGCACUUGCCUGCCAGUCUGGAGUAAUGAGUCCACCUUCUGGCAACUCCUUAGUAAAAGUAUCUAUUUUGUUUCCUCUGGGGUAGCGUACCUGCCGGCAACUGCAAACCACAUGUGCCUCCGGGCCAGUGUGCCCGCCUUGUGGGGAUUUGCCCCAAUAGCAGUUCUCACAAUUACUGACUCCCAGUUUGGGCUGCGUUCCAAUUGUCAAUUUUCGAGAUGCAUUUCUUCACGGUCAACUGUUUGGGGUGUACGGUGGUGUUGUUAUGUUUUUCUUUUUGAUGCUUUCAGAAGGACCAUCGGAGACAUAGAGAGAGCGAGCGUGUGGGGGGUGCGCUAGAGAUCAAUGAAUCCACUAGGCUCCUCCGGGCCCCCCCCCCUAACAGCGGCCUCUUCCCCUAACAGCGCGAUGGCAAACCACCGAUUCCACCGCCUCGAACUAGGAAUGCUCGAGUUUGUCAUCACCCAGUCUUGUAGGCUGGGCUUUGUGACCUGGGAGGAAGCGGAGCGGCAUGAGCAUUGCUCCUGGGUGCUGAAGGGCAGCUCUGCGCCCGUGCGCGGCCGAGAGGAGACGUUUGUGGAGACGCAACUCCACGUUUUCAAAGGAUUUCUGAACAAGAACUUUAUGGAUGAACUGGGCCGAAAACCUCGGGGAAAGUCGACGCGCCGAGCGAAGACCGACGGGGUUCUUUCGGGCGACGCGAAGGUACGGGAGUUGGUUCGGCAGAGAGCCAAAGCGAAGCUCUGGUGCCAAACAUUUUGCAGUCACAAGCCACCAGAAAAAGAAAUGAAGGUAACUUGCUUUAAAUUUGGCUUGUUCGUGUAAUUGCCCAGAUAUGUCCUGCAGCUUCAAAGACUUCUUUGAGAGUGGUUUGUCCAAGAGUCUGCCAGGAAGCGCAGGAACAGCAGGCAGACGGAACUUGAAGCCACAGAAACAAACCUAGGCAGAGGGGACCAUGUUGCCUUCGAGUCAUCCAACCUUCUGCAAUUCUUUCUCAGUGCCGCUCGAGUUGUCCAUAUUUUCGAUGAGUCCUGCGCGCCGCUUCGUUUUUCUUGCUCAAGAUGUCCAAGCGCGCGCGGCGCUUCUCGCGACUGAAGUGAAUGGGCGAGAUUCGGGAAUUCUGGGACGGAAAGUCUACUAGGAGCAAGGACGCUACUAGGGCUCCUGGCAUCGCUACUAGGAGCAAGGAUGCUACUAGGGGCUCCUGGCAUCGCUACCAGGAGCAAGGACGCUAGGGACGGAAAGCAUGUGCUGGAGUUCAAGAUCGCUGAAAUGCACCUGAAAGGGGAUCUUGGAGACGCAGGCGCAAGGUAGGCGAGGCGAUGCUAUGAGCGGUGCGCGAUGCGAGGUGACGAAGUGAAGUUUGCAGGAAGAGGAAUCCUAGUAGCAACACGAUGUGGAGAGGUCUCCAGCAUCUGAGAUCUCUUCUUCAGUUCCUUUGCAAGACGGGGAUGAACCAGCUCCUUUGGCAGAUGUGCUUCUCCAGCUGCAUUGCAAGACUUUGAAGGUGAAAGAGGUGAAAGAGAUGAGUUUUUACGCGAGGUUGAUGAGGAUGGCCUGCCAUCAGGAUGGAUGUGAACACCAACGGCGGUUCAGGGAGUUGGAUGUUUGGUGUGAUUUCAUCGGGCCCCCAUGUAAAACUGUUUGCACGCGCGGCAACAGGGGGCUUCGGAGUGGCAUAGUCUUUAUCUAAAGCGCAUUUUAUUGACCGCUUUCGGAGAUGUAAUGUCGAUCGAUCAUGAAGCUGAAUAUGUUUGGUUCACGUCCGUUGUUGUUUCUUUGUUAUUGUGGUGAGCCUUGCAUGGCUCCUUUCAGUUUAAUGCUGAAGGAAGCUAUCAUGGCACUAUGGAAGUCCAAGGACGCCAGUAGCACCAAGUUUUCCUAGUGAUCACCAGCCCAACGGCAACAAUAGUGGUCACAAGCUCGUUGAGGAUUCUUGUCAGUU